CACGUUGCACAAAUGUGUCAAACGCUCCUGAAUAGAUGACGAUGUAGCUACAUGACUGGGACAUAAUUAAAAGAAUAUAUACUUCCAAUACGGCCCGGCGAUCGAUUUCAUGUACUCUAAAUUUUUGGUUAUUGAAGCUGAAUCACACACGGAUUCGAAAAGUGCUCAAGGUAGACCCUUACAUCCAACAUUCAGCCCUGAUUGAAUGAACACUAAUUUAUCGUCACCACAUGGAACCCAUUCCCUCUGUUGAACACAUGAAGACCCUUCCCGACCACUUUAAUUGGACAAAUUAGUACUGAUGUGUGACCAAAGCGCAGAGAUGCCUGGGGGUGACAGCGGUCCAGAUGGGGAGGAGCCUGCAUCACCGUCAGCUGCAGGAGAAGGCGAAGGGGAGGAGAGGGUGACGUCAGGGCAGCAGGACGGAGGGGCGCAGUCCCAGGGCCUGAGGGGAGAGGAGAGCGGAGCUUCAGGUGGAGAAGUGGGGCAGGAAGAUGAGGAGAUGACUAGCGGUUCACAUGACCUCUCUUCUUCAGCCAAUCACAGCCCUGGGAGCGCCACUGGAUCCACCUCAGUUUCAACCAAGAGCAGUGAGCAUGCUGGCGAUGGCAAAGGGCAGGCCCACAGAGAAGUGAUGAUCACUGUGGCUGAGAUGAAGAAGAGGCUUCCUUCAGACCAACGCAGUCGCAGCAAAGCCAGCACUGUGGAGGCCUUACAUUAUGCACUUAACUGUGUCAAACAAGUGCAAGCCAAUAGCGAAUACUAUAAACUGCUGAUGAGGAAUGGCCAGGAUGAGAGGAGAGAUGCCACUGUUUGCGCCCUUGAAGAGUUGGAAAGAGUCACCUCUGAACACACCCUUAAAAACACGGACUCCUUCGUGGUGGUUUUCUCCCUGUCGAGCGGCCGCGUGUGGUACGCGUCGGAGCAGGCUCCCAGCAUCCUGUGCUGCAAGAGGAAGUUCCUGGAGUCGGCCAAAUUUGUAGAGCUGCUCUUUCACCAAGACGUUAAUGUCUUCUACGCACAUACGGCUCAGCCGCACCUCCCACCCUGGAGCAACUCGCACACAGCAGGGGUUCUGUUUGACUGUGCCCAGGUCAAGUCAUUCUUCUGCAGAAUCAGGGGUGGGAAGGACCGUGAGGGUGAGAUGCGCUACAACCCAUUCCGAAUCACACCUUACCUGCUGAAGGUGCAAGGAACAGGAAGCAGUGGGGGAGAGGAGGAGCCGUGCUGCCUGGCACUGGCUGAACGCAUCAUAUCUGGAUAUGAAGCACCUCGGAUCCCCAUGGACAAGCGCAUCUUCACCACCACACACUCCCCUGGCUGUGUGUUUUUGGAAGUGGAUGACAGGGCUGUGCCAUUGCUAGGAUACCUUCCUCAGGAUCUGAUUGGCACAUCUAUGCUGAGUAGCAUUCACCCAGAGGACCGGCCCCUCAUGCUGUCUAUGCACCGGAAAGUGUUGAAGUAUGCGGGCCAGUCCCCAUUUGAGCACUCUCCGGUGCGUCUGCGCUGUCAGAAUGGAGACUACAUCACCUUGGACACCAGCUGGUCCAGCUUCAUCAACCCAUGGAGCCGCAAGGUGGCUUUUAUCAUCGGACGGCAUAAAGUCAGGACGAGUCCACUGAAUGAGGAUGUGUUUGCUGCUUGUGCUAAGGAAGAUUUUCCAGUUGCUCAUGAGGAAAUAAAAGAUCUGCAAGCAAAGAUCUAUAAGCUUUUCCUGCAGCCGGUUCAUAACAAUGGUUCCAGUGGUUACGGCAGCUUGGGAAGCAAUGGCUCUCAUGAGCAUUACAUCAGCGUAGCUUCUUCAAGUGACAGCAACGGUAACCUAUGGGAGGACUCACACCGGGAACCGAUGACUUUGCAGCAGAUCUGUGCUGAUGUGAACAGAGUGAAGAGUUGGGGGAGGCAGGCUUAUCUGGAUCCCAGCCACAAAAUUGCUCUUCUAGGCAAACCUGCCACAGCACGUCUGCCUCCUGCAGCCUCCAACCCUGAAGUCAGAGAUCAUGAAGAAAGCAGGAAGCAAACUCACAUUCCCUCUUAUCAGCAAAUCAACUGCGUGGACAACAUCAUCAGAUAUUUGGAGAGCUGUACAGGUCCGGCCCUUAAGCGUAAGAGUGAAUCUCAUUCCCUGGCCACCUCUUCGUCCUCAUCCUCUACCUCAGAAGACGACAAGCCGUCUGCAGCCGGUGACAUGGCUCAGGCCAGUGCAGAUGUGGUGGUGUUGGACAGUGAGGUGUCAGUGGGCCCUUCAGCUGCGGCCGUAGUGGGAGCGCCUCUGACAGAUAUCACAAUGUCCACAAAGGCCAUGAGUGUGAUGUCAGUCACCAGCCAGUGUUCAUACAGCAGCACCAUUGUACAUGUGCCGCAGCCUGAGUCAGAGGCCACGGCACUGGAAGAUGCACCAAUGGGCAGUGAGCCUGCUGAUGCUGCUCCCAUCCCUGUCCGUCCAGCCCCGAGUCCUGCCACAGAGGAGCGAAGAUUUGUUGGCCUCACCAAAGAGGUGCUGUCAGCUCACACCCAGAAGGAGGAGCAAGAGUAUGUCGAUCGCUUCCGCCAUCGUAUCCUCCAGAGCCCCUACAGUUCUUACCUGCAGCUGGACAACAGCUCGAUGGCUCACUCCCACCACCCAGGUGAUUACCUACGUCCAUUGAGUGCUGGUGGUUGGAACCGCUCUCGGAGAGGAAAGCCCAGACACAAGCGCCCCAAACCCCAGGGUUCCUCAGACAGUUAUGCCUCCCCACCUGGCCCCGCUCGCCGUGUCCCUGACUCUUCCUGGCCCUCCUCUGAGUCCUCCCAGCCCCAGAUGGGGGUGCCCUACAGCCAAACAUCCCCACUCCAUGCGCCAUUCUUCCCUAUGAUGGUGACUCAGCCUGGCCCAGAGCAACCGCCCAUACCACAACAGGUGACUGGGGCAACUACUGUAGUCCUGCAGCCUCCAGACCAAACCCAGCCCAGUUACAACUUCAACUUUAUUCAGUCCAGUCAGAGCCUGCCAGACAUGCAACCAAUCCAGAUGGAGCCCAUUCAAAAUCUGCAGAAUAUCCAGAACUUUCAUACCAUGCAUCCCAUAGCUCCAACGCAGAGCAUCAACCCUUACGUAGCUCCGGUCAUGGCUGUUAUCCUGCCCACCUGCCCGACUUUCACUGCAGGUUACCCGUCCAUUUACCCACCGUCCACUCUCUCCAUGAUGCCCCAGACACCCAUCACCAUGACAGGCUUUGCCCCUGGCACUGCCCCCUUCCUGCAGCCUCAGUUCCAAGCCCAGCCAGGCCCCAACAUGACCUCCCCGGGCCCUCUGCUUUGCUCACCCAGAGCCAGCUCCUCUGUUGGGGAGGAAGAGGAGACAUCCGGACCUCGGGCUUUAUUUUCCAGCUCUCGCUCGAGUUCCCCACUGCAGCUCAACCUGCUGCAGGAGGAGCUGCCCAAGCCGAGUGAAGGGCAGAGCAGCACCGGGCACAACCACGCUGAGAGCCUCCACGAAAAACAUGCCAACAAGGGUGACGGCCCCAGUGAGGCUGGGAACCAUGAUGCCCAGUCUACAUCCAGUGAGCUGCUUGACCUGCUGCUGCAGGAGGAUGCCAGGUCUGGGACCGGCUCCAAUGCCUCAGGGUCUGGAUCAGGGGAGUCUGGAGGCUCACUGGGAUCUGGCUCUGGAUCUGGAUCCAAUGGAACCUCCACCUCUCACACUGGCAGCAGCAACAGCAGCAAAUACUUUGCCAGCAAUGAUUCAUCAGACACAUCGUGCAAAGCCCGCAAGAGCCAGGAGGUUCCAGCAGAGCACCAACACAGCUUUGACACUCGGGUGGAGAACUCGAUGUGGAGCAUGAUCCAGCAUACACCUGAGCGAGUCAUGAUGACGUACCAGAUCCACACCAGGGACCAGAAUGAGGUGUUAGCAGAGGACAGGGAGAAGCUUCGGGUGCUUCAGCCCCUCCAGCCUUGGUUCAGCCAGGAGCAGAGAGAGGAGCUAGCUGAAGUCCAUCCCUGGAUCCAGCAGCAUACUGUCCCACAGGAGAUAGAUACACAGGGUUGUGUGACCUGCAGCUCAGGAGCAGCAGUCGCCCACUCCCCUCAUCCACCUGCCCCAGAUAGCUCAUCCCUUUUGGAGAGCCCUCAGCAGGACUCCAUCGGACCUGUGGUGGACACUUGAGAGACCUGGAACCCAAAACAACCACCAACACCCAGUUCACAGCGAACCAGCCCUGCCAGAGACCCACUCAGAAAGUCCCACCAUGCAUCUCUUCUGACCAGUCCAGAGGAUUGGGUUCCUAUGCUUUAGGUUGAACUUUAACUUGUUUUUUUUUUUAAGGUAUUGGAUGCUGGACCACGCCCUGAGGAGCGGAGGAGGCGAGAGAGACAGCAUGUUCACUGGCAUUUUUUCUCAGUCGGCCUAAUGCGACCGCCUUUAUAGGACCAUGAAUAUUUUACCUCUCUUCUUGUGUUUCUAGAGCCCCUGUUGGGGUUUAGUGUGUAUUGAAGACUGACCAGAUCCUUCGGCACCAUGAGCCGCUUCAUGCUCACUAUAGGAAGAGGGUCCCGUGGUUGCUGAACAUGAGCACUGUGUACCCGCACCCAGUUUGUUGGAUGGGUGUAACUGGGUGACGAAACAAAGAUAGUGCUGGCCCAGUUUGAGUAUCAGAGCACACGCCUGACUCAUCUCCAGUCACAUGGCGUGCAGGUUGUACAGUACAACAUGUGUGUGUACCACAUCAACUCCUUCGAUCCACUUAACAUGGAUGACACAUAGAUUUUUUUCCUGAUGGACACCAAGACAAAGACACAUUUGCUGCUCUCUGUUUAUAAUGUUCAGAUUCGAAUCUUGUAAGUUACUUGUGAUAGGGGUUUUUUCUCCUGUUCCUUAGAUUGGUUUCCUCUUGUCCAGAGCAUCAGUUUUUAUGUUACUCUGACUCACAAACAACAGCAAACAUGUUGAUAAUUUGAAAUUGAACUUAGUACAGCCAUGUAAGUCCACCCCAGUACUUAAAAGUGACUCCUUUCCCCAGCCAGUAUCCUGUCUGGUCAUCACCCUACAGUACCUGUAGGUUACCUCUAAUUGUAAACAGACACAGCGGGGCCCCAAAUGUCCUCUGAUCCUGUAUUUACUUACUGAUUGAAUUUCCUCUUAGACUCUGCGUAGCUGUCUGUUUGACUGGCUGUGUGUUUGUGUGAAAGAGAGAGGCAGAGAGGAGUUGACAUUGAUGUUUGUACCUGAUUCAGAUUGCAGGUGAGCUUGUGAAUGUAUGCGUGCGUGUACGCACUGACCGAUUGUGAGCUGCUUCCUUCAACACAGUUGUUCAAGAGUGUAGGACAGACCAGGGUUUUCUACCGUUUUUAGAUCGAAAGUCUAUUACAGUACCAUGUAUUUUAUAGAAAAUGUACACAAAACAAACUUCACAAAAUGUAUAAAAAGCCAUUUGUCUUGAUUUCAGGGACUGUUUGUUUGUGACACAAAGGAAUGAAUAAAUGAGCUAUGACCUAAAAUGUACUUCAGCGUGAUUGCAUUAUAAGCACAAUACACAAAAAGUAAGUAAUAGCUGUAGUUAUACCCACUGUCAUUGAGAAAAAUCAAGGCUCAACAGAAAACUUAAAAAAAAAAAAAUAAAAAAAAAAAAAGGCAGACAUUAGCAAUCAGGGCUUUUGCAUAUCUGGGGAUUUAAAUGAUCUGAGGAAGAGUGUGAUGUGUAAAGCACAGAGUAGGUUGAUCCUGACAUUUUGUAGACUUUGUAGCGUGUAGCAUGUGAUGUGGGUGUGUAAAUGAACACAAAAAUAUAUUUUUGGUUAAAUGAAUUGAAUAAAUAAAAAAAAAUAAUAUUAAAACUAAAUAAAGAAAACAAAAAUUUUUAACUAGCGUCUUUGUGGCUUGUCAAAAUUAAGUUAAUGUGGUGGGGUUGCACUUGGGUAUCAGAGCAGAAUUGUGACCUCAGCUUUUUUAAAAUCCUGGCUACAGCGCUGAUCUCGACAUACACAAGCUCAGCUGCAUUACACUGUUUUAUUCACUCCUAAUGUAGUGCUCCUGUAGUAAUGACAAGAUGACAAGGAUUCACAAAAGUUCCCCUCCAGACAUGUUCCAAGAUAUAUAAAAAUGCUCUGUUUUAAAUGAUAAUUUGUGUCUGAGUCAGUUUUCCAUAAAAACCGUUCAGUUACCUGGUUAGGAAAAAAAAGUUUUGGAAAAAAAAUGACAUCUACACCUCCUCCCUAAUUGAAAACUUCAGAAUCAUAUACAAGUAUUUUUCAUUUCAGAAAUGUAAUUACUGGAUACAAUAUGUCUCCUGCGUGACUGAAAAUCUAUUCUCAGUUUAUGUGCAUUAGAGGCUUCAAGUUUUCACAGAAGCCUUUUUAACCACUUUUAAAUCAUACUUUUAGCUAAAAACUCCAUUCAGAACUCAAAAUGUUCAGAAACCUUCCCUCCUUUUUGGUUGUAUUCAUCUGAAAUCUCAUUCAUAGUUUUUAAACAGUGACAGUUCAAGUUUCAUGAAUGUUUCUGGGCCUUGUCCAGAUUUUUAUAUUAGUGUGUAUGUGGCAGCGAGUGGAUGACAUCACACACAGAGUGGGGAGAAGCUGUUCAACUGGUCGGAAAAAUAUCUGUUUAACUGAUACUUUCUUGUACUUUCAAUUUUAAAAAGGUCACAAAAACUAAGGAUUUUUACACCUCGAUUCAGCUUCUUCCCAAUCUUCAUAUAUUUUCUUUAAUCAAGUUCAAGUUUCAUGCUUAUUUCAGGCCAUUAAUAAUGUAAUGCAGUUUAGGCUACACAUACUUUUUUUCACUGCUUAAACAACAGUUUGCAUUCUUCAACCAUUUUCCUCAUUGCAGUGGGAUUGGGAGUUUGAAAACUGUCUUCUACUAGUUCUCAAACUCUGAACAUACCUAAGUUUGGACAGUGAACAACAGAAACAUCCAAGAGCAGUAUGACCAAAACACAUUUUUGAGUGGAGGGGGAUUUUUUUAGGUUAAAAUUUUAUUGUAUUAGCAGCACAGCACAUAGGUAGUUCCCUUGACACCAAGUAUAAAUCAGCCAAAUGAUGAUAAACUGCGAAUAGUUAAGUGAAAAAAGCAGAAGCCAGCAGAUAUUGUGAAGUGUUUUUGCUGGAGUUUGUACCGACGUUUACACUUAGUCCUGCAAAUAGAAAAGAUGUUCCACUUUCCCUAUAAUAUUAACAUUUUGUUAUACAUAGUUAAUGCAGUGGUUCUCAAACUGGCGGAUGUACAUGAACGGGACAGGAAAUGAAAUGACAUUCUUACUUGUCAAACACAGAUGCAGCAACAUUAUGACCGCAAUGAUCAUCACACAUCAACACAUCAGACACAUCCAAAAUAUGAGGAAGCUAAUCCUGCUAUCUCAUUGUGUUGUGUUUUACAUGCUGGCUCAUUUCCACACCGUCAUGACGGUGUGUGAAGGACACUUGAAUAAAACAGAGCCAUUGUUAGUAUUAUUAGUAACACUUGUGCUUCUCCUAAUGUAACAAGUCAAAGUAUCAUCUGUGAAAAAGGGCUGUUGCCAAACAUGUCUCCUGUCCACAUUCAGUUCACAAGUAAUAACAUUUACUUUCAUAUUCAAAACGUCAUUUGAAUACAAAGAGGUAUCUUCUCUUAACAAGUUAGUGUAAUAACCAAUUAGCGAGCGGCAAUAACACUUAAUUUUAAUACAUAAAAA